CAGUAUGCCAUUGCCAGAUACCGGUACCAGAUACUAGUAUGCAGAUUGCCGAUGCGAUCUCAGAAGAGGUGAGGCGUGACUUGAGUCACGAGUUCUCUGCUUCCGUCUUAGCGAAGACGGCAGGGUCUUGGCAUCUUCAAGUUUCUUCCUCUGCCCUUUCGUCCUAGCUACCGUAUUGAAGUAGACAGCACCAUGUCGGCAAAUCCUCCUCCCAAUAAGCGGCUCAAAGUAGCUACUGUUACUGCUCUGGGUUCUCUUUGGGAAACCACAGUAUUUUCCUUUCUGGACACCAAGACGUUGGUAUUCAAAGUCAGGGGAGUGAAUCAAGAGUUCCGUCGAGCAGCUGGAAGCUUGGUGCAGCAACGAAUUUUGGGGCAUGAGUGGAGCCAUACGGCAACCAACAAUGACAUGGAUGAUCAUUUGCGGCAUGUGACAUUGUCCAUUCGGAAUUUGCACACCAAGAACUACAGCACCCAAGAGGAUCUCGUGGGACGUGCUGUACAAACCUGCGAGAAAUGUUGGGAAAGCAAGGGAAUGUCAGACCCUGGUGUCUACGAGUAUCUUCGUUUUAUUACCGAAGAAGAAGAUGACGAUGAACGAGAAAUUCACGAUGCGGUUUCGGACGAUUUGGAAUUGAACAAUGAUCUCGUCCGAAAAGCUCUCCAGGAAAAGGGAGCACUCUACGCCAACGAGGGGUAUGGCUGGGAGGUGGAGAUUUCAUUCACAUCCAAGCCGAGUGUCUUGGAGGAACUCAUACAAGGAACUCCCUUUGAGAAGAAUCCAUUUUCCAUUGUGGAAUUGGAAGAGGAAGAUUUGAAGGAAAAGGAGGAAGCCAUUUUUCUCGCAAGGUGCAUGAAACUGUUGCUCCAAGAAGCAAAGAUAUCUUCUAGUACAAUGGGUCUAGCCAAGCAAAAAUGCCUCAUCUACCAUCCUGAUUUUGAUGAAGCCAUUGCCUAUUCAGGAACAGAAUAUUGCCUUCAAUUCAUGGUGACAACCGGCGAUGGCGGCAAAGAGGUUCCAUUGGAACUUUUCAUCCGAGGAGAAAUGAGAUCCAGGGAUUAUCUAGACGGCUUUCUGUAGUCUAACAAUGUUGUGAACGUGCACAAUCUUCACUGCCUCUGGCCAGGUGUACCGAAAGGACAAAGACACAGGUCUCCCAAAGAGGACCAAGAGGAGGGAGAGUGAUUUCUACUUGGAGCGGCUUGUUGCGAGGGGUCAUCAUGGUGCUGGAUUCUAUACGGCUGACCGACCUCAACAAUGGCAAACUCCACCAUCAUGGUGCAGGAUGUAGGAGAGGGCAGCCAGGGAAAAGGCGGGGCCGCGUCUGAGAGGUGGUAGGGCAGUGACCCAACCAACUAAACACUACACAUUUGCAAUCACCAAUGACACCACUACUAGUAGAUCUGGGAGGCAGGUGCCUGCUUAGAAGUCUGGUUCUGCCACACUAGCUAGUACUUACAUGACGCACAGUUCCCAACCAAGGAGACAAUUGAAUGCUACACUCCGCCUGGAUGGUGCAACCCCGUUCUUUGCGGCAAGAAGAUCAAUCCUCCAACACAAUCUUUAAUGAAGUAGGUGCAAUGUCAUAGGUUCUGUGUUUUUCUUCUUCGAA